AUAUAAGGUCAAUAUGUCAAUCAGAAGCAGUAGGCAGGGAGGAAAUCGAAAAUAAAGUCUGGCUAUGUGGCGUACGUGAUAUAGUAGGUUUGUUUUGAUGUGGUUGCGGAGACAGGCGGAAGGUACGGGCGUGCGAUGGACGAUAUCAGCCCUCGGACUAAGAUGGCGUCUGAAGAAGAAGGAGACCAUCCUGAGGAGGAUGAGGAAGAGACUGUUCCCAAGGAGCUGAUCGACAAUUCGCCGGCCUUCCUCUGCAGCAUCUCCAACCUGCUGGUCACCUCCCAGUUCAGCGACAUCACGCUCAAGGUCGGAAACCGGACCUUCCACGUGCACAAGCUGUUCCUGGUCAACGCCAGCGACGUGUUCCGCGUCAUGCUGACCCACGCCAACUGGGCCGAGGCGCAGCAGAAGGUCAUCGAGCUGAAGGAGGAUCCGAAGUGCGAGGCCGUGUUCGCGGAGUUUCUGCACUACAUGUACUCCGGGCAGAUCUACAUGAACAUGGAGACGGUACUUCCGAUUUUAGUUCUUGCCGAUAAAUACAACGUGACAAACCUGAAGGACCUUUGUGUGAACUUCAUGACGCAGCACCUGGCCGCGGACAGCAACAGCACGCACGCCGUCUCGUGGUUCCAGCAGGCGCACAUGUUCCACCACAAGAACCUGGAGGAGAAGUGCCACAAGUUCAUCGUCUGGAACAUGGAGACGGUGGUCGAGUCCCCCGACUGGCUCAACUGGGGCAAGAAACCCCUGCUGGCUCUGCUGCAGAGUUCGGAUAUUGUCAUCCGCGACGAGUUUAGCCUCUACGUGGCGGUGGAGGCCUGGAUCCGCGAGGAAUGCGGCCCGAACUUGGGGAGAGCGAAAGACUUACUUACCGAGUUCCUGCCACAUAUCCGCUUUCCCAUGAUGACUCCCCAGCAGCUAUUACAGCUAGAGAGUACGCAGUUCGCCCAGCAGUACCCGGACCUCUACACCACCGAGAUCAGUGAGGCCUUCCGCUACCACGCUCUCCCGCGGUCAGACCGGCCGCACAACCAGCUCCAGCACAUCAAGUACUGGUGCCGGAACUACACAGACAAUCAGUUCAGCGCCGGACUAGUCACCGAGGAAUACUCGUCCAUGCCGACGUGCGAGCUACGGACGCUGGAGUUCGAAACGAAGAAGAGCAACUCGAACGCGGAUGUAGACAAGUGGGGCUGGGUGGUGGAAUUCUAUCCUAAGGGUGUGCGGUGGGAGGGGUGCUACAUGCACAGCUGGGUCCGCAUGCAGUUUGUCGAGCCCAAGGAGAGCUGCGAGGUCCGAUUCAUCCUGCGGUCGACGGACGCGGAGGUUCGUAACGUGGAGGUCGCGAUACUGAUCUGCGGACAGCAGAGGGGGGUGGAGUAUGUGGAGCAGGUGGUCCAGCGCAGAUUCCUCUUCAACGCAGAGAACAGAAUCAUGUUGCUGAACAACAUCAUCCCCAUUCAGGAACUCAGCUCACCUGACUCACACUAUUUAGUCAACGACAGUCUCAAGCUACAGAUUGUUCUCAAGCCUCACUGAGCAACAUUGUGUUCUAUCAACUGUACAUACUGCCAAUCAAAACUACUGUAACCUCUAAUACAAGUGUACAUGUAUGUACAUUGUAUAUACAUGUCUCUAUGUGAAGGGUGAUCAAAUAGACCAAUAUUGACUUCAUCAUUGCAUGUUUGUAAAUGGUUGUAACAAAAUGUGAAAUUAAGUUAUAUAUAGUAAAAGUUUAUUAAAGGUGGUACAUGUAUAUAUUAUAUGGAGUAGAAGAAAGGCUAAAAGAAUGCAUGAAUUGUCCGUAUGGACACAAGAGUGUAUGAAAAAUAUAUCUUCAGAAGUAAAGAAGAAAAGCUUUUGCUACAAAGGGCUCAAUUUUAUUAUUGGGGCAAUGAUAGAAUGCAUUUAGGGGAAUGAUAUGCCAUGUUGUCAUUUCUAAAUAUGUAUUUAUAAAUAUAAAAGAGCUUAUAAGGAAGCGGCAAUAUUCAAAUAAGAAAAAGCCAUGCACAUUGUAUAAUGCCUGUUGCUAAUGAUACUUUGAAAUCAUUUUGGAACAUACCGUGGUACAACUGCCUUUGAUAUAAUCAUAUCAACAUGAACAUGCAAUGAGUAAAGAGACUCUUUUUACACAACCAAGUCUUUUA